GUGUCGUUUCAGCUUGUCCACUGUGCUUUCUUGCAUUACACCUUCCGGAAUGUGCUCCUCUGUCUCGAUAAGUACAGAUUUUCAGCUCAAGCGUCUUCUAUACAGCAGGGGACGCUUCGACAACCCAGAGUACAGCGCGAGCGUAGUGUCGAGAUACGUAGGAUUUGCCAUCAUCAACUUUCUGACGGCCGCGUUUAAGGCCGUCAUCAUGGUACGUCUGUUCGAGAUGUACGACAUGAGCGAAACUAUCAAGGAUGACACGACACUCGCCAAGCUUCGAAGCAAACUGCUCUAUGCGGACGAUGACUACAGCGAAAGUCCUCCCCGAUCCAAGGAGGCCACGACGUUCAACAUUUCGGUCAAGAUCAGUCCGAUUCGACGAGGCGUCUGAUCACGCGUCCUCGCAUACGCUAUCUUUGAAUGAUUAUCUACCGUACGACCAAUUCUCUGAAUUAAAUAACUACUCGCCA